UGCAGCGCAGCGCAGCGGCGGCAUGGCGGUGGCUAGACUCUGCAUAAUUAGGAGAAAAGUCUGCAUUACACCAUCUUUGGGGAGAUGUCUACAAAAUGAGUUCUGGACAAGCUUGUGGAAAAAAGAAGAUAAUCGCCCAUCAUGCUUUUUUGGCACAUGGGUGUUUUUACAGCCACAGAACUGGCGAGUUAACGGUGUUAAUGCUUACCUUGGGAUGCAGCAGAUGCAAUCUAAGUGUCUGUGCAGUUCAGCCUCUGCUAAUGUUGUCCAACCUAAGGCUGUGGAUGAAAAAACUGAAGAGUUCAGGCUGGUCUACAGAUUUCCAGGGAUUAAGUACUGUAGAGUGCUUUCAAGAAUGAAGCUGCUACAGACUGCUAUCACCACAGUCAUGUUGCCUCCUAUCUGUUACCUGUAUCUGCAUGGCCAGGUUUCUCAGACUAUCUUGUUAUAUACAACUAGCAUUGCUUGCUUUGCUGGUGUGAUGUUGUAUGGUAUGAGCUAUUUUUUCAGACGAAUCAUUGGACUAAUCUACUUAAACGAAGCUGGCAAUACUGUCAAAGUGGCCCACUUGACCUUUUGGGGAAGACGGAAAGACAUUCUGUGCCCAUUAGAGACAGUAAUGACUUUAGGUGAUGUUGGAGAUGGUAAAGAGGAGAUGCUUCUCCAGUUCAAACGGUAUAAUAGUACAGAUAUCUUAUAUUUUACGCUUAAGUUUGGCCAGAUUGUAGAUAGAGAAAAGUUUAUUCAAAUAUUUGGAGACCUUGAGUGAUACAGCAGCUGAUUUCAACUGAUUGUGAUUUUUGCAUGGUCAUUGUGCUUAUUCUUCUGUGAAGUUUAAUGAUUAUGUCAACUGACACAAUUCAAUUGUUCUCCUAUGCAAAGUCUUCUGGCAAGUGAAAGCAGGAGUGGUAAAGAAUGAUCCCAUAUACUUAGUUUAAGGUGUAAGUAGGCUCUCUUCCUACUUCUACUUACUUCCUUCUUACUUCCUACUUCUUUGGAUACAGUAAGUGUGCGCAGUGCAGUCAUUGGCAGCUCUAAAUCACCUUACUUGGAAGGUGCAAUUACUGAUGCAAACUCUUGCAACUUGCCUGUUAGACUGAGUGUUUUUGAAUGUUAAAAAGCAUUGACGGGAAAUGCAGUACCAUGUCAGAGCAUCUUCACUUUCAAUCAAUUGUUCGUUUUUAGGAAACUUUGGACUAACUGUGAAGCCCCUUGAAAUCAUUUUUUCUCAUACAAGCAUAUAAUAAGUAGUGCAAGAUGUUACAGAGCUAUAUAGUCGUGCAUUAAUGAAAUUAUGGGAUAACUGGAGAGACUGAUAUAUAAUGACAUAGCAGUUUUUCUAGCAGAUAAAAAUCGAUGUUAAAGAAACAAUACUUUGACCAGCUUCUUAGGAGUGCUAAUGAUGGGUGGAGGUGAUCUCCUAGCAAGCUCUUCAGGGAGGUGAACUAACUUGGCAAUGCAGGGAAUGCAUGCUGCAAGAUAAAUAGAUAGUUAGUUGUAAGGGUAAGUUACAGGCUGGAACAGCAUUUCAGGAGCCUUUAACAGAAACUGCUUUCCUACUGAAGAGGAGGGGGGAAAAAAAAUACACCUGAACCUGUCAGUUAGAGAGACAGUGUAUGAUCCCUUGAUCAGUGUUUUUUGUUUGUAUCCUAGUCAUCAUCUUCUGAAAACGUGGAAGACCCUGCUCUUCAUUGCGUAUGUUCAUGUUGUGUUGUUUUAGGAUACAGAGCUGAAUGGUACACUUAAUCAAUGCUGCAACACUUGAGUUGCAAACACAGGAGUAAAUACUGCAAAAUACCCUUCUACUUACUGGAUUUUCUACUUACCCCUCCCUCCCACCCACCCUCCAGAAUCUGGGUUAACUUAUAAGAUAAAAGGUAAAUCAACUAAUAGCUACGUUUUAUUAGAGCUGAAAGUGUAAUAGGUGUGGUUUGCAUUCUGUCAAACUAUAGUCGAUCAGCUCAGCAUCUAUGCCAUGAAGGACAGUGGCUUUAUUCUGUGAUGUCAGUAGGAGUCUUCCAUUGCUAAGAUCAAGACCCGGCUAGAAAUUAGUGUUUUAAACCCAAGAAGGAAUCAAGCCUGAUCACUUGUAACAUGUAAAUCUUUUUUAAUUGUCAGAUGCAUGUUUAUUACUUCAGCUGCUCUUCCAGUUGUUACUUCGUUUGAAGCAGUGGCAAAUAAACUGAACUCUCCGCAA